CCCAUUAGGAAUAUUAAGGUUGAGAAUCACACCAAAUCCACAUUCUAUCUAGAGUCAGUUUUCGUUUUUCAGAUUUUUCACUAGUCAUGCUUAUUUUUGAAAACAAACAAUGCGCGAGUCUGGGGCAAUCUUUGAUGCUUCCGAUUCUGAAAUUAACGGGAUAGUACGUAAAUGGACAGCCUCUCUUCUCCCACAUUCCACUUUUCACAUUGUUUUUGUGCUUCAAUCCAUCCCACACGUGUGGAAAAUUGAUCAAGCAGCAGUCGCUGCCAGGAGAUAUUUGGAACGAGAUCGUUUACCAUCGCGCAGAGAUUAUGAAUAUGAAGAUUUUGACAGCAGCCUCGAGAGAGAGUUAUACCUGACAAGAUUGCAAUAUCCCGAAUUUUACGAUAAAGAUUAUGGCUAUGAUUCUUUACCGACUACAGCAGAAAAGGAACGAGUGAUAAUACCCAAAGCAUCAGGAAUGCUCAAAUACGUCAGUUUCGGAGUUCUAAAAAUACUACUGUGGCUUCUGUUACCGGCCGUACUGCUUCCGUUUAUUGUGAUUCCCAUGAAGUUAUUCAUCAUUUUUAAAAUGCUUGUGGCGGGCAAAAUGGCCAUACUCAGUUCACUACUGGCGAAGUUUCUCUCCAAGCCCAAAAUUUACAAAAAACAUUUCAAGAAAGGCAAAAAGUGUAAGGGAGCGUUUUUGGCAUUGUUGCCGAUCAUUUUGGUCGGACUAUUGUUGGGCAGUAUUUUAAGUGGUAUAAUUUCCGGACUAGUUAGUGGAGUCGUAACUAGUCUCAUAGCAUUAGUCAACAGCACUAUAACCAAUAGUACAACAACAAAUAACACAAACAAUGGGGGAAACAAUGGAAAUAACGGCAACAAUGGCAACAACGGCAACAACGGAAACAAUGAUGGAAAGCAGUCUCUACGCGUUUAUGAAAUACCGGAAAUGAACUAUUUGAACAAGAGGUACAGCAUCCAUGAUUUGGAAAAAUACGUUCAGAAAGGCAAUCACUCACGAUCCGACGUUUGCUUGUUGAAAACAAACGAGUUUAGAGAUAUGACGAAAAACGAGAUUCGUAUCCUGAUGCAACUUCUCGAAAGAAGGUACAGUAAGGAACCAUGGGUCACGUGUUCUGUCCGGGAGUAACAAGAAAUGAUUUGUAAAAUCUGUAAAUAUUACCUGUGAUAAAGAACUAAAAUAAAAAUGCUCGUCCAUAAACUGC